AUGGAAAAAUUAAUCCUCUGAAUCGGCUGCGGGCGAGCCCAGGGUAGGAAUCUGGCUUCAGGAGUUGAGCCGUUUAAGAGGCUGAAAUAGCCACGUGACGAGAGCCACGAGCUCGUUUCUUCUGAAUGCGAAUCGACUGUGACUCCCAGAGUUUUUUCUCUCUGAAGAGACGGUGGCGUGCCGACCUCUGAGGCUCUGGGCUUGAUUCAGUGUAUUCGCAUAGUUGUUAAGAUUUUUUAUGACUAUAUUCUCGUGAGUGAGAUGUCGGUUUCGGAGAAAUCAUCAGCGGCGUCGUCGUCGUCGUCGUCUUCGGCGUUAACGUCGUUGUCGUCGUCGUCGUCUUCGGUUCGGGAUAUCGAUCCGUUGUUGAAGGAUCUGAAUGAGAAGAAGCAGAGCUUUAGGAAAAACGUGGUGUCGUUGGCGGCGGAGUUGAAGGAGGUGCGAGGCCGUCUCGCUUCGCAAGAACAGUCCUUUGCUAAAGAAACCCUAAAUAGAAAGGUAGCGGAGACGAAGGCCAAGAGCAUGGAAGAGGAAAUAGGCAGAUUGCAGAAAAGCUUAGAAGAAAGAAAUGGACAAUUGCAGGCAUCUGCUAUGACUACUGAGAAGUACCUCCAGGAGUUGGAUGGUCUUAGAUCACAGCUUUCAUUCACUCAAGCUACUGCUGAUGCAAGUGCUGCAUCAGCUCAAUCAGCACAGCUUCACUGUUUGGCACUGAUAAAGGAACUAGAUGAGAAGAAUAUUUCAUUAAAAGAGCACGGGGAUCGUGUAAAUAGGCUGGGAGAGCAAUUAGAUCACCUGCAGAAGGAUCUUCAAGCUAGGGAAUAUUCUCAAAAACAAUUGAAAGAUGAAGUUUUGAGAAUUGAGCAUGACAUUAUGCAAGCUGUUGCCAAAGCUGGAGCAAACAGGGAUUGUGAACUGAGGAAAGUAUUAGAUGAGGUUUCUCCAAAGAAUUUUGAGAAGAUUAAUAAGCUUUUAAUUGCUAAAGAUGACGAAAUAGCCAAACUGAAAGAUGAAAUCAGGAUUAUGUCUGCUCAAUGGAAGCUCAAAACUAAGGAAAUGGAAUCACAGUUAGAGAAGCAUCGUAGAGCUGAUCAGGAACUAAAAAAGAGAGUACUAAAAUUGGAGUUCUGUCUCCAGGAAGCUCGUGCUCAAACACGAAAGCUCCAGAGGAUGGGAGAGCGAAGGGAUAAAGCCCUGAAAGAACUCAGAGAUCAAUUCGUAACAAAGCAACAGGGUGAAGCAGCAGGUAUCGAGAAGCAGAAUUUCUGGGAGAGCUCAGGUUUCAAGAUUGUAGUUUCUAUGUCCAUGUUGAUCUUGGUGGUAUUCUCUAAGCGGUAAAAUUAUUAGGUUAUUUAGUUGUUAUUGUAUAAAAGGAACUGGACAUCUUAAAUUUUUAUCCGAGCAAUACAGGCCAUUUUGUAAAGAUGUUAGCUCAAGAGGUUCUCUUCUUUUCUGUAGCAUCAGAGAGGGGAAGCACUUUGUUCCCAUAAUCACAAUUGCAUUUCUGAGAGAUGUCAUGAACCUAAAAUACAGAGCGAAACAAUUAAAGAACGCAAUUUGUUACAUCA